AUCGUUAGAAGUUUUUUUUUUUAAAUAAUAGCCGUCUAAAACGCUAAUUUCAGAAGUGGGAUAGUAACCACGUCUGUGUUGGUUUUCUAGACUGUUAGUAGUGCAGUUUAACGGUAUUUUUAUAAUAUGAACGUUUUUAAAUGACCACGGUGCGCGAUGUCUAAAGAGGGUAGUAAAUAUCGGAAACGUGGACGUUCUUCCGCUCCAAAUAUCGACGAGCAGCUUCAAACGAUUAUUUCUCGUUUGACCGCUUUGGAAGAUACUUCCAGGAGGCCCUUGAGUGAGGCCAACGCGUGCGUUGGUUCACCCACGCGUUCACACACGCCACCACCGCCGCCGCCCCUGCUCGAUUUAUCGAAUGAGUCGACCACUUUGGUGGCCGCUCGCGGUGAUGCGCGUGGCGAGGAACGUGUCGGGGCGUGUGCGGACGCGCCGGUGCCCAGCGUGGCUUCGGGGAUGGCUAGCGUAGCUGCAUCGCUGCCGUCGAGUGCUCCGGCUUCGAGCGCUGAAACCAUCAUGAGUGAGGUAGCAGACAAGCUUGUCACCGCCAUCAAUGCCAUAAACCCGGUAAGAUCCAACCAUAAUAUUUAUAUUUCGUGUUUCGACCCGUCGUUUAAUGAUUUUAUUGUGUGGUGUGAUGAAGUUGAUCAUUUACGUAAUAUUCACGGAUGGGACGACCGCGAAUGUUUAGCACGAAUAGGUAAUUGUUUGAGAGGCGAUGCCCGCGUGUGGCUCAAUGAGUGGACAACUAAAGAUCGUUCAUGGUCCAAUUUUAAGCGUGAUUUUCAAGCUUUAUGCCCACGUAGGGUAGAUAUCGCAAAUAUUUUAUUUGAUGUGAUGCAAACUAACUCAGAUCGCUAUACUACGUACGCAGAAUACGCUAGGCGUUCGUUGUUGCGGUUGCGCAUUGUCAGUGGGUUGAGUGAAGAAUUAAUUUCUGCAAUUAUUAUUCGCGGAAUAACUGACCCGCAGAUUCGCGCGGCUGCGACUAAUGCCAAUUUACUACCCGGUGAUUUAGUUGGUUUCUCAUCAAUUUAUAUCAAACCCACUCGCAAUGUUCCACCAGUUCGUACACGGCCACGUGAUGCUCCCAAUAAUGACUUCUACGAUAAUAAUUUAAGUAACAGGGAAUACCCUGGUACGAAACCCACAUGCUUUAGGUGUAAUAGUUUUGGCCACAAACAGUAUCACUGUCCCAAACGCGUAAAAUCGAAUGAUUCUUGCGACAAGAACGUAGCCUUGACUUCAAACUCGCCUGUUUCAAAUACCGCCCUGCAUAAAUCUGAUCCAUGUAGUUUUUGUAAGAAAACGGGGCAUAGAAUUGAGGACUGCUUCGCAAAACAGCGCAGUGAGUCACGCGGGAAGUCGAAUGCUAACUUUUGCCGUGAAACAUCAAAUUAAUAGACAGAAUGACAUGGCCGCAACGGUUAUUCAAGGGGUACCUACCCGUAGAUAUUCUGAUAAAUAGUGGCUCGCAAAAUAUUUUCUUUAAUUGCUGAAUUGGUCGUAAAGCAUUUUCAGUUUACCCUUAACGCCGUCUUUUUGUACAUUACGCGGAUUUAUGUGGCAUAGGUAGUCAAAAGUUCGAGUUGAAACUCCUGAGUUCCCCGAGAUUUCUCUCGAAGUCGAUUGUCGAUAUUUAAAUACACCCGUCAUACUAGGUACAGAUGUAGGUACUCAAUAGAGGUGCUAUGAUGGACUCAGAACACUGCUGGUUUUCCUAUUCACUUAUGAAAUAUAGGUACAUUUCUGGCACUAGAAGUAGAAUUAUAAUGAUCAGUCACGGUCAGGUAAAGCCGAGCAAACACAAAAUAGAAUUAUUGUUGGUCGAACGGUUUUAAGUAGUUUUAUUGUAAACGCUUUAAUCAUAAACGCCUUUACUGUUAUGUUGUAACGCUAGUAAUGUUGUUUUUUAAUUGUAAACGCUUUCACUAAAUAUUGUUUGCUAGCUCCGAUUUUUAGACAAGACACUAUUAAGUUAAAAACGCAUUUUUGAGAACGCUAUUUCGCUAUUUGGUACGCCUAGCCUCGCUUUAUCGUAGCUGAUCGCGGACGAAUGUAUGAGAGCUCUUUGUUUACAAAUUGGAUUAAGGACUUGGGAUGUGAAAUUCACUUUAUCACUUAUUACUGCAGAAAUUCACCAAAGUAAUGGUCAGGUUGAGCGGUAUUGUCGCACUGUUAUGAUUAUGAUUCGCGUAGAAACAAGCUUCUACCAUAAAAGUUGGUCUAAAAUUAUUUGGAAACUACAGCUCAACCUGAACAUCACAGUGCAAAGAUCUACUCGAUGUUCACCUUUGAAUUUGUUAAUUGGCAGCAAUGGUGUGACGCCUGUCAUACGAUCCGUGGUUCGCGACAUCGCGAAAUCGCGAUGGAAGCAGCCAGCCUCAACCGAGAGUCCUUGCGCGAACUAGCGCGACAGCGCGCUAGUGAGCUGUUGGACGAGAACCGAGUGCGCCAGGAUGCUCGUGUGAAUGAGCGUCACCGAGCACCCCGGUCGUUUCAACUCAACGACUUGGUUAUCGUGC